AAAAAGAAAAAAGAAACAAAAAAAAAAAAAAAUUUCAUUUCCGUCAUUUUCAAUUCAUCGAGCACAUUAGUGAUGCCAAGACACGCGUACAACUCCUCUUGGUUAUUACAUGCAAUAAAAAUCAAAGCCCACCAUUCUUUACAAGGAAACAAGAAGUUAUAUACGUCAGAGGGAGCAAAAGAACCUCAUCAUCAUUUCUUAACUCAGAAAACUCCAAAACCCAGCUCUUUCAGAUUUCACUUGAGGAUCUGAUCCAAGAUUGGUCAAUGGGUCAAUCGUUCCCCUUUUGGUGUGCAAGAGCUUUUGUGAGAUAGGGGAAUGGAAAAGAAAAGAAUAGAUGACUAUGAGCCUGGUUCAGUUCCUCCACCAGCACCGUUGGACAGAUUUGGGUUUGUAAAGCCAGAACUUAAUAACUCUCCUGAUGGUUUAGCCAAAGGAAGGUCAGCUAAUGAAUAUGAGAGGGAGGAAAGAAGGAUUAGAAAAUGGAGGAAAAUGAUUGGGGUUGGUGGUAGUGAUUGGAAGCAUUAUGUCAAGAGAAAACCUCAUGUUGUUAAAAGGCGUAUAAGGAAAGGAAUUCCUGAUUGUUUACGUGGUCUCGUUUGGCAGUUGAUCUCUGGAAGUCGGGACCUUCUGUUGAUGAACCCUGGGGUUUAUGAGGACUUUGUGUUCAUGCAGCAACUAGUAAUAUACGAGACAUCAGCUUCAGAACUUGAUAUAAUACGAGACAUUUCUCGUACAUUUCCCUCACAUGUUUUCUUCCAGCAGAGACAUGGGCCUGGUCAGAGGUCCCUUUACAAUGUUUUGAAAGCAUACUCUGUCUUUGACAGAGAUGUUGGAUAUGUUCAGGGAAUGGGCUUUUUAGCUGCCCUGUUGCUUCUUUAUAUGAGUGAAGAGGAUGCCUUCUGGUUGUUGGUCGCAUUACUGAAAGGAGCUGUACAUGCACCAAUGGAAGGAUUAUAUCAAGUAGGACUGCCUCUGGUACAACAGUAUCUUUUUCAGUUUGAUCAGUUGGUGAGAGAGUAUUUGCCCAAGCUGGGGGAGCAUUUUACCCAAGAAAUGAUAAAUCCUAGCAUGUAUGCAAGUCAGUGGUUCAUAACUGUUUUCUCAUACUCUUUUCCUUUCCAUUUGGCUCUUCGAAUUUGGGAUGUCUUUCUUUAUGAGGGUGUCAAAAUUGUUUUUAAGGUUGGUUUGGCCCUACUAAAGUAUUGCCAUGAUGACAUGAUAAACUUACCCUUUGAGAAACUCAUACAUGCUUUGCGUAACUUUCCCGAGGAUGCAAUGGAUCCAAAUACAUUAUUACCUAUGGCCUACUCAAUUAAGGUAUCUAAGCGUUUGGAGGGACUCAACCAGGAAUAUGAGAAGAAGAAUGGAAAGCAAGUUCAGUUGGCAAAUUUUCAUGAAAAGCAGAAACAGUCAUAAUGAAAGGUUCUUCUCAUCUAAAGAGGAGCUAAGAAAAACUUCUCAAUCUAUAACUCCCCCUUUUUUUUUCUUUUUCUUUUUUUUCAUUUUCCUGGUGAUGUAAAGUAUGAAGAAAUGUAUAGCAAACAUCGACUCUGUUAUCAUCUGAUUGUUCAUAGCCGCAUGCUCCAUAAAACUUUUAAGAAAUCACAGCUUACAUGUGAAAUCAUUUUCCAGCACAAAUGAAAACUUCAUAUUCUGAAUC